GGGGGUGGGGACCGGGAGGAAAAGUUUCUUCCAGCCAGGACCAGCCUGGCGCUGCCCCAGCACGCUGUCAGGGGCAGCCGGGGCCGCCUCGAGGUCCGACACGGCGCUCGGGGCUAGGCUGAAGGAGCCGGCUGCGGGUUCGGCCCACGAUAGGGCGCCGGGACCGCCGGGUCGGGCCGGAGCGACACCCACUCCUACCUGUCAGAGAGCUCUCGAGUGGGACCCCGAAGGAGUCGCACCCGCAGGCAAGGGGCGGGGGCUCGGUGACUUGGCCGCCUCCCCACCCACGCCCCCCGGGCUCUGGCACCCGCUGCUGCCCCGAAGGCGACCACUCUCCCCGGUGUUGGCCCAGCGCACCGAGGGCAGGCAGGCAGGCAGGCACCCAGGCCGGUAGCUACCCACCCCACCGCCCACCCGGCGCCCGGGCUUUCUGCUCCUGGCCACUUCUCCCCGGCAACUUUCCGUGCUUUGUUCUUGGCUGGGAAUCCUUCGCGGAAGCGCCUCUGUCAGGGUCUCCGCCAGGCGGCAAGAGCUCCUCGCAGAACUGUGUUGCCUCCUCGUCUGCCCAUCAAUUAUGGAUGGGAACAAAUAAGGAAGAGUCAAUUUUGCAUGAGCCCCUGCUCUGGCGGCGAGACGCGUCGGCUGCGCUGGCCGGGGCAUGGCGAACGGGAAGGUAGCCAAGUGGGAUUUCUGAGAAGGGACUGCUCUUCCUGCACCUGGCCCACCAUGAGGUUCUUCCUACAUUGUGCCUAUAUGUUGCUGCUAACGGUAUCACCACUGAGGGCAGUCAGCUUUCCUGAAGAUGAUGAACCCCUAAACACUGUUGACUAUCACUAUUCAAGGCAAUAUCCGGUUUUUAGAGGACGCCCUUCAGGCAAUGAAUCGCAGCACAGGCUGGACUUUCAGCUGAUGUUGAAAAUUCGAGACACACUUUAUAUUGCUGGCAGGGAUCAAGUUUAUACAGUAAACUUAAAUGAAAUCCCCAAAACAGAAGUAAUACCAAGCAAGAAGCUGACAUGGCGGUCAAGACAACAGGAUCGAGAAAACUGUGCUAUGAAAGGCAAACACAAAGAUGAAUGUCACAACUUUAUCAAAGUAUUUGUUCCAAGAAAUGAUGAGAUGGUUUUUGUUUGUGGUACCAAUGCAUUCAAUCCCAUGUGUCGAUACUAUAGGUUGAAUACCUUAGAGUAUGAUGGGGAAGAAAUCAGUGGGCUGGCAAGAUGCCCAUUUGAUGCCAAACAAACCAAUGUUGCCCUUUUUGCUGAUGGGAAGCUAUAUUCUGCCACAGUGGCUGACUUCUUGGCCAGUGAUGCUGUUAUUUAUCGAAGCAUGGGUGAUGGAUCUGCCCUUCGCACAAUAAAAUACGAUUCCAAAUGGAUAAAAGAACCACACUUUCUUCAUGCUAUAGAAUAUGGAAACUAUGUCUAUUUUUUCUUUCGAGAAAUUGCUGUGGAACAUAAUAAUUUAGGCAAGGCUGUGUAUUCCCGUGUAGCCCGCAUAUGUAAAAAUGACAUGGGUGGCUCUCAGCGGGUCCUGGAGAAACACUGGACCUCAUUUCUGAAGGCUCGGCUUAACUGUUCCGUCCCUGGGGAUUCAUUCUUCUACUUUGAUGUUCUGCAGUCCAUUACAGACAUAAUACAGAUCAACGGCAUUCCCACUGUGGUUGGCGUGUUCACUACCCAGCUCAACAGCAUUCCUGGGUCAGCAGUCUGUGCGUUUAGCAUGGAUGACAUAGAAAAAGUAUUCAAAGGACGAUUCAAAGAACAGAAGACUCCAGAUUCUGUUUGGACCGCAGUCCCUGAAGACAAAGUACCAAAGCCCAGGCCUGGCUGUUGUGCAAAACAUGGCCUUGCUGAAGAAUACAAAACCUCCAUCGACUUCCCGGAUGAGACACUGGCCUUCAUCAAAUCCCACCCCCUGAUGGACUCAGCUGUCCCACCCAUUGCUGAUGAGCCUUGGUUCACAAAGACGCGGGUCAGGUACAGAUUGACAGCCAUCGCCAUUGACCACUCCGCUGGGCCCUACCAAAACUACACAGUCAUCUUCGUUGGCUCUGAAGCUGGCAUUGUGCUUAAAGUUCUGGCAAAAACCAGCCCCUCCUCUUUGAAUGACAGCGUAUUACUAGAGGAGAUUGAAGCUUACAACCAUGCAAAGUGUAAUGCUGAGAAUGAGGAAGACAAAAAGGUCAUCUCAUUACAGUUGGACAAAGAUCACCACGCUUUGUACGUGGCAUUCUCCAGCUGUGUGAUCCGCAUCCCCCUCAGCCGCUGUGAGCGUUAUGGCUCAUGCAAAAAGUCUUGCAUCGCAUCUCGUGACCCCUACUGUGGCUGGUUAAGCCAGGGAACCUGUGGGAGGGUGACCCCUGGGAUGCUGCUCUUAACAGAAGACUUCUUUGCUUUCCAUAACCACAGCACUGGAGGAUAUGAACAGGAUGCAGAAUACGGCAACACAGCCCAUCUAGGGGACUGCCACGAAAUUUUGCCUACUUCAACUACACCAGAUUACAAAAUAUUUGGCGGUCCAACAUCUGACAUCGAGGUAUUUUCAUCUUCUGUUACCGCAAUGGCAAAUAUCCCAGAGAUUACACCUAAAGUGAGUGAUACAUGGAGACCUAAACUGACGAGCUCCCGGAAAUUUAUAGUCCAAGAUGACCCAAACACUUCUGAUUUUACUGAUCCUUUAUCAGGUAUCCCAAAGGGUGUUCGUUGGGAAGUGCAAUCUGGAGAGUCAAACCAGAUGGUCCACAUGAACGUCCUCAUCACCUGUGUCUUUGCCGCUUUUGUUUUGGGUGCAUUUAUUGCAGGUGUGGCAGUCUACUGCUACCGUGACAUGUAUGUUCGGAAAAACAGGAAGAUCCAUAAAGAUGCAGAAUCUGCCCAGUCAUGCACAGACUCCAGUGGAAGUUUUGCUAAGCUGAAUGGCCUCUUUGACAGCCCGGUCAAGGAAUAUCAGCAGAAUAUUGAUUCUCCUAAACUUUACAGUAACCUGCUGACCAGCCGGAAAGAGCUGCCACCCAACGGAGAUACUAAAUCCAUGGUGAUGGACCAUCGUGGCCAACCUCCUGAGCUGGCUGCUUUGCCAACGCCAGAGUCCACACCUGUGCUUCACCAGAAGACCUUGCAGGCCAUAAAGAGCCACUCUGAAAAGGCCCAUGGCCAUGGAGUGUCAAGGAAAGAAGCACCCCAGUUUUUCCCUUCUAGUCCUCCUCCCCAUUCCCCAUUAAGUCACGGGCAUAUCCCAAGUGCCAUUGUUCUCCCGAAUGCAACCCAUGACUACAACACAUCGUUCUCAAACUCCAAUGCUCACAAAGCUGAAAAGAAGCUCCAGCACGUGGAUCACCCACUCAGCAAGUCCUCCAGUAAGCGAGAUCACCGACGCUCAGUGGAUUCCAGGAAUACGCUCAAUGAUCUCCUCAAGCAUCUUAGUGACCCAAAUAGCAACCCCAAAGCCAUCAUGGGAGACAUCCAAAUGGCCCACCAGACCCUCAUGCUGGAUCCUGUGGGACCUAUGACAGAGCUUCCUCCGAAGGUCCCUAACCGGGAGGCAUCCCUGUACUCCCCUCCUUCCACUCUCCCCAGAAAUAGCCCCACCAAGAGGGUGGAUGUCCCCACCACUCCCGGUGUCCCAAUGACUUCUCUGGAAAGACAAAGAGGUUAUCACAAAAACUCCUCCCAGAGGCACUCUAUAUCUGCUAUGCCUAAAAACUUAAACUCACCAAAUGGUGUUUUGUUAUCAAGACAGCCUAGUAUGAACCGUGGAGGCUACAUGGCCACCCCCACGGGAGCAAAGGUGGACUAUAUUCAGGGGACACCAGUGAGUGUGCACCUGCAGCCUUCUCUCUCCAGACAGAGCAGCUACACCAGUACUGGCACUCUUCCCAGGACGGGACUAAAGAGGACACCGUCCUUAAAACCUGAUGUGCCACCAAAGCCUUCCUUUGUUCCUCAAACCACAUCUGUCAGACCACUGAACAAAUACACAUACUAAGCCUCAAGUGUGCUCUUCUUGUGUGGCUUUAUCCUGUCCAUGUUGUUGAGAGCAUGAUGUUGUAAGGGUACCUUAAGACAAGAGACUCGCUUGUACUUUAAGAGAACCAAGUGGCCAAAGAGACUCCUCCUCACUUUGGCAGCAUCAGAACUCGCCACAUGUAGCUACUGCAGCAAGGCUUCUGUGUCCUUGCCCGAAAACAAAGGAAGGUGCUGGUCAUUCCAUUUCUUUUGUUUGAAGCUAAAGAGAUGUGUAGUUCUCAGGAACUACCUUUGCGGUAUAAAGACCUGAUUCACUACUCAGAAGAAUCUGUGAACAAAUACUUGAAAAUGGGUUCAAUUUAGACUGCCAUUCUGUGUGGUCUUCCCAUUAAAUGUGAACAUUUUAAUAUGUAUGCAUUCACCUUGCCUCUUGCACAAAUGUCAAAAUGAAAAAAAGAUGGUUAUGUCUGAAAGAAAUGAACUUGUAGAUUUCCAUACAGAUUGCUAAAACUUCAGUCUUUGACCCAAACUGUAGCAUUUUUUUUUCCCAUGGGUGGCUUUUUUUCCCAUGCCACCAACAGUGUUGUGUGUCUGCAUGUGAGUGUGUGCGUGUAUGUGUGUGUGUGUUUGCGUGUGUGUGUGUGUGUUCUGGGUGCACUAGAAUUUGUGUAGGUGCCCAUUGCAUCCUUUUGUGCUAUGGCGUUGUUUACAUUGAGCACGACUCAACAAGAGACAAUAACUUUUCCCUCAGCAGUCCGUUGGGUUCAGCUUUGAGAAAAGAGUAAAAUCAAGGCUCGCUUGACCGUCAGAAUGAUCAGCUUGACCUAUGUGGUACCCAAUGCCAGAAUGUAAGAGUUCCAAGUAAUUUUGUGCUGCUAUUCGUGAAAAUGUCUAUUCCAGUUUUGCCAGCUUAAGGAGAUAGAGCUAUUAAGAGCUAUCCUUGAAUAUCCACAAGUAUUCAGUAGUGAAAUUUACCUGUCCACUGUGAAUCAAAGCCUGAGUCACAUUCUAUAAGCUUGGACACUAGUAAGAGUUUAUUUUGACUGUGUUCAUUUUUUCCCUCACGUAGGAAAAUUGCUCCUCCUUUAACUCCUUCUGCCCUCCCAAGGUAGACAAAUGAAACAGAAAACAAAAGAAAGGCAAAUUAAGGGAAUUGUAAUUGGCCCAACAGAAAUAGUCUGUGAAAACCCAACAAUGGUGCAAUCAUAUUGUCUGUGUUGUGUUUCAUGAGAAUUUUGCCCUGAGUCAUGCAGGUAAUGACAAAUAUACUGUAAAUACCACAUGUGAGUUUACCUGAAUCUGUGCAUUUUGUGCCUUAUUCAUGAGAAUGAUAGAAGUACUAAAAUAUGUCACGUGUUUUCAAUAGAGCACAUCAUUUACAGAGUGCCAGCGGUAAAUGUUUUUCAACCAGCACCUGAAAAGACUUACAAAAAAAAAAUCCUAAAAACAACCUAGAACAAUUCCAUAUUAAACAGUCCACCUGAAGAGCAGCAUUACAUUUUUUGUCAUGAUCAACAUUCCAUUCCCGCUGUCCUGAGGUUGACGCUGGGAUAAUGUGAAGUCAAAUGGGGUUUCCAGGGGAAUGUGACAGCAGUGGAAGCCAGAGAGGCAGCCAUAUAUAGCUUGGCAGAAACCACUCCUAGUUGAUGAUGUGCACCCCGCCAUUUCAAUUAAUAUGCUGCAUACCACACACAAUUGUUGAUUGAACCUCAUCUACAAAGCACCAAGGCAGACGAAUGCUCCUUAGAUGAUAUGUUCAGCUGAUGUCUUGUGCUAACGCUGAUGGUAUAUAUUACUUGGGGGAGGACGGGUGGCUGAAGACCAGAUCAUUUUUAUAUAGAUUGUAGAAUACUGAAGCAGUUACUCUUUUCCUUUGAGAGUGUUGUUUUAUAAAGAACACGAUUUCCUGUGAAAUCUCUGGAAGCUCAAAAGCUAAAACUUUCAUUCUUGAAACAUUUCAGCUUUGCAACUAAAAUAUUACAGAUUAAUAAUAAAUUAAACCAACCAAUGGUAAACACUUCUCAGUCCGCCAACAAACGUGUUUGAAUUUAUCUUACCAAUAUUAAUCCCAGCGUGUGUAAAACAGAACAGUAACUCUGUGUGACCCCAAUAACAUUUUGUAACAUUGUGCUGCCUUGUAGUUUGUAAUGUGAGUUCUAUCAGUAUUUAUGUUGAAUUUUCUAACAUUAAAUCUAGUCUCUAUCCUGUUAAUUUAAUUUUAAAUGCUUUAUCCAUUUGUGCAAAGGUAAAACACAGAUUGUAUCUUUUUUAAUGGUACGGCAUAAAAAGUAACCCUAAAGUGAAGUGACUCUAUACUGUUUUAUAGAGUACUUUAACAUGUAUAGAUAUCUUGUAAACUUGUAUUGUGGAUGUGUAAAUAAUAUGUACUUGGGGUUUUUAACACCGCAUGUAAAAUCAAAAUAAAAUAUACAAAUCCUGA